AUGGAUCUCAAAUCCAUAACCGCCCUCCUCACAAAUCAAGAGUCCAUCUUCCGCACCAUCCUCUCCUCCGCCUCCUCCUCCAUCUCCGGCAACGCCCUAAAGGCGAAACUAACCCAGCAUUACAUAAACCUGGUGCUAAUUACACGCGACCGCUUUCCGCUCUCCGGCCUCACUUUAGACGACCCUUUCGAAUUCGACUCCGAUUCGCCUCCCCUCUCAUCCUCAAACUCAAAAUCCAGGUCCCGUAAGCGCCGAAACAGGACACCUCCAAUCGAGGGACAAAUGACAGCGGUUCCUGUCGAGAAAGGCACCAGCUCAUCAGGCUCUCAGAGGUGGCAGAAAGCAGGAGGAUCGAACCUUUUCAGUGGCCGUGGUGGAGGCGCGAAAACCACAAACAGAAACAAGAGAUCUGGAAAAGGCGUUGCGGUGUCUGUUGUUAAUCUUCUUGAUACGACGGAUGAUGAGAAUGCCGAUGAUUCGGCGGGAAGUGCGGCUGAGGACGAAGAAGAUGAGAACUCGAUUUUUGUUAUCGAGAGGAAGAUUAAGAAGGCGAAGAGAGGUAGGGGUAGCAAGAGGGAUAGGAAUGGAUUGUCGAGAGAGGAGAAGGAGAAGGAGAGAAGUCGGGGUAGAAAGUCAGGAAUGGGGAUGAGUGGAUUGAUGGUGCUUACUGAGAGUACGAAACGUGAUGGAACGGGUGCGUUGAGGGAAGCCGAUGAGGAGACUGCGUCCGGAUUUGAGGGUGGUAGAGAGGGAGAGGACGGCGAUCGGGAGAUGGAAGAGGGGCUUAUGUAUGCUGAUAACGACGACGAAGCCGUUCAGAUUGAGGGUGGUUUUGAAGGAGAGAGUGAAAACGAGAAUGAAGGCGAGAGUCCAUCGAAGAGACGUCGGAGUGUUUGAGGGCUCUUGGAUAGGAAAGCGAAGGGGUGGGGUUUACAUUCGUUUAUUUUUCGGUGGAGAGAAAGGGUAGGGCUUAGACUGGAUUGAGCGGCUCGUUCUCCGGUUACUGGAUUUGUGGGAUUUGAGAUGGGUAUUAUCGCGGGAUAUGAAGGAAGGAAUAUGGGAGGGGUGAAUAUGGAGGAAGAUCUGGGUAUUUCAUAAAUUCUAGGAGGGGUUGUUUGCACAUCUUGGGAAAUAUGGAUGGGAUGUUUAAGAUGGGAAACAUUAUGGAAAAGCGAUGGAAUGCUGUCUCUCCUCAGUGCUUUGCUAGGAUGAGUUACAGCAUAUUUAAUGGGCAGGGAGUAGCAUAUUGUGAAUAGGAUUCGGGAACAGGAACAUAAAUG